AUGGCUGAAUAUUCUUCACCACAAGCAAAAAAAGCCAGAGGGGCUACAUCAGACAGACGUACUGACCAGACUACUGAGAGACCUGAACUCAAGAUUAAUACAACACGGACAAAGGUUGUGGAUUACUUCAAGAAGAAAACUGCUAUUGACCGACCAGAGAUUCUUUGUGGCUUCUGCACUGAACUGAAGAGGAUUCAGCAGUAUGCAGUGGAUGUGACUCUGGAUCCUGAUACAGCUUCUCCCUCUCUCAUCCUGUCUAAUGAUGGAAAACAAGUCACGUAUGAAGACACAUGGCAGAAUCUCCCAGACACCCCAAAAAGAUUCACUUAUUAUGCAAUGGUCGUGGGAAAGCAGGGUUUCUCCUCAGGGAGGUUUUACUAUGAGGUGCAGGUCAGCAGGAAGAUGGAGUGGGAUUUAGGAGUGGUCAGAGAAUCUGUUAACAGAAAGGGGGAGAUUGAGGCAUUUAACCCUCAGGAUGGAUUCUGGACUGUGGUUCUGAGGAAUGGGAAUCAGUAUCAGGCUUGUGAUGAUCCCUGUAUCUCCCUCUCCCUGAGAGAGAAACCCCAGAAGGUGGGAGUGUUUGUGGAUUAUGAGGAGGGUCUGGUCUCCUUUUAUGAUGUUGAAGCCAGGUCUCAUAUCUACUCUUUCACUGGUCAGUCUUUCACUGAGAAACUCUAUCCGUAUUUCAGUCCUUCUAAUAAUGAUGGAGGUAAAAACUCAGCACCACUGAUCAUCUCUCUAAUCUAAGUUCAGAGUGAAAGAUAUUGUUUUAAAAAUCCUUUUUCUCAUGUUUGUCUUGGAAAACACAUAUCGCUACAUGAGUAAUGAUCAUAAAUGUUAAUAUCUUUUAGGGUUAUGUGGAGAAUAUUGUGCAUGUCUAUUAAAAAGGGAAAAACGUGUAUAAAAAACCAAGAGUUUACCUUUUCGGUAGAGAAUUAAUUUCUCACUACGAAGAAGUAAAUUUGAACUUGAAGUAUGUAUCCCAACAUUAUUCUAUAGUAACAAUAUACUGUGUGUGUGUGUGUGUGUGUGUGUGUGUGUGUGUGUGUUUGCAUUUAUAUUUCUAUAUAGUUGUGAGGAAGCAUUGUGCGCAUGUUCUUUGCCUCAUUUGCAUGAAAGGAGACACAAUCAUAGCCUUCUGAAUCUGCCAGACCAGUUGAUUCAUCUUCUCAGUUAAUUGCUAAGUGUCUUAAAUGAUUUUAUUAUUCAUACUUGAAAAGAAACAUGUAGAAAUUUAACAGAGUUUGAGUACACCAUUUCUAACACCAGCUAGUUAGACCGAGUUAGCACAAGCUAGCUAGAUAGCUAAGAACAGCCACACAAUACUGACACUCCUCCUGCUUGAAUUCUGGUAUGCGUGUUUUUUUUCUUUUAAAUAAAUGUAGUUGAUAUGAUUUAGUUGGUAAUUAGAUUAGCUAGCUAAUUCUUGUCUUUUCUGUUCAAGGGUAACAAGACCAAACCUAGAUUACUUAAAACCAGCCAGAUACUAGCGAGCUAAUUUAGCUAGAGCUACCAUUCUUGUUUAGCUAACAGGAAAAUUUUAUUAGUGGAUUCUGAUAACCAAACCUUAUAUUAUAUUAUCUUAUCUAUUAUCUUAUAUGAAAUUACAAUUUUUUUUAAAGAAUUGGCUAGUCAACUUAUUUGACCUGUUGUCUUUUCAGCCAGUUGUUUUAUAUGUUAAUGUUCUGUUAUCUCUUUCGUCCGUUUUUGGUUUUUCGAUAUAACGCAGCAUUUGUCUUGUUUAACUGUGUAAUUGUGGUGUGUCUAACACUUUAGAGUGUGCUUUACACUGUAUAAAUUUAAGGUAUUUUCUGAUUCACUGUUGAUUCUUGUCAUCACUUAAAUAUGAAUAAAAAUCUUUUACACAGUUCGUAAAGUCUCUGCUGCUGUUUAUUGGAUAAUUUAACUACAGUCACUGGAUUUUGCUAGAGGGAACUUCUCAGAGUUUUUAUGGAGAUUUCAAGAGAAAUAUAGAUGAACAACACGGGAAAUAGACAAACAACAAGAGAAACAGAGAAACAACAAAGGACAACAGCGGCAUUGUAGGAGUAAUAAUAUUAUCUCGAUAAAUUGCCAGAACUGUCUCGAAUGAUUUACUUGUAAAGUGUGACCAAAUGCACAAACAGAUUAAUUUGAUCAGCGGUUCUCAAACACACUUCUGAAGUGUGAAUUUCCCUCUGGAAUUAAUAAACUAUCUAUCUGUCUAGCCAGGGACCAUUUUAACUGUAAUCUAACCACUCCAAUAUUAGGCUCAUUAUUUUAAUGUGUACAGUUUUAUUGAGAUUUGGAUUAAAAUCAAACAGAUGAAUAACUAUUAGAACUUAAUCAUAAAUAUAUCUUUGAUAAUUGUGGGUUGUGACGGCCAGAACAGUAAACUCCUGUAGACUAAUGAAGAUUGUACACACACAUUUUCCUGAGUUUAAAUCUCUACAAACUCCACACACACCCCAAAAGUUACAUACUGCAGUUUUAAUGAUGAAUUGAAAAGCGCCGUAAAGAGGAGAAGCAAAAGCAAUUGAGUAAAGUUUCUGAAACCCACAUACGAAGUCAAUCACCUGAAGAACCUGCCAGUAAUAAAG